AUGAGGGUGUCAAUACCAGACGAUGGCUUUUCGCUAUUUGCUUUCCAUGGUAAUCUGAACGAAGAAAUAGAAAACCUUCAAGCAGGUCGCUGGUCAAGGGAUAUUAUCAAACCAAAGAGAGGCAGGUGGACUUUCACGGACAGGGAUGUUCAGUUAAAAAUCGGAGACAAAAUUUACUUCUGGACAUAUGUUAUAAAAGAUGGGUUGGGUUAUCGGCAGGAUAAUGGAGAAUGGAUGGUUACAGGUUACGUGGAUGAGGCUGGAAAUCCAGUAAAUCCAACUUCUGUUACACCAAUUAACACUACGCCUGGAACAAUGGAAAAUCAUCAGUCAGUGAAACCGACACCUGCUCCUACUUCCGCCCCUACAUCUCCGAAUAAACCUGCUUUUCAAUACCCUUGUGAACUUUCAAUCUCACAAGUAAAUGUGCCAGGGUUCGUCUGCAAAGGCCAGCUCCUGUUUGAAGAUAAUUUCAACUCUGAAAUAGACAAAGGAAAAGUCUGGACCCCUGAAAUUAAGUUUCCCGGUGAACCGGAUUACCCUUUCAAUGUUUAUCUUCAUGAAAGAAACCUUCGAGUGAGAGACGGUAUGCUUUUCAUCAACCCGAUGACCCUGGAGUCUAAAUAUGGAGAAGAUUUCGUGAAACAGUCCCUAGAUUUAACCAAUAGAUGCACAGGAGUCAUUGGCACACCAGAUUGUGCUCGAGAAGCAUGUGGGGCUCACAUUUUACCCCCCAUUAUCACGGCAAAGGUCACAACUAAAAACAAAUUCUCUUUCAAAUAUGGAAGGGUUGAAAUCAGAGCAAAGAUGCCACUUGGUGACUGGAUUUAUCCUGAAAUCCAACUGGAACCACUCAACGAUAUCUACGGAAUCAGAAAUUACGCAUCAGGAAGACUUCGUAUAGCUACCGUGAAGGGGAACGUAGAGUCUGCCAAAAAACUUUAUGGAGGACCCAUUAUGUGUGACACAGAGCCUUACAGAUCAGUCCAUCUGAGAGAGGAAAUUGGCUUCGACCUUUGGAGUAACGCAUUCCACAACUACUCGCUAGAGUGGAGACCAGAUGGUAUAUCGUUGUUUGUGGACGAUAAAAAAUAUGGAGAAGUUACACCUCCACCAGAAGGAUUCUAUGGAAGUGCUCAUGAGAAGCUCGUACCUGCCGCCUCACAGUGGCUGAAAGGCACUGCUAUGGCACCGUUUGAUGAUAUGUUUUAUUUGUCUUUGGCCCUGAACGUGGGUGGUGUGCAUGAUGGUUCCCGACCUGGUUCGAUGACACUAGUGCACUGCAAGUUGACUAUGUCAGGGUUUACGCGUUAUAGGUCCAAAGGUUUCCUACUGAAAUGA